AUGACCAGAACCGAGAAGGAUCCGACUCAAGAUUUGGAUCACUCAGCUAAAAAGGUGUGCAUGGAUGUCAACACCAAUCUCACCCCUGCUGGCAAUGACAAGGUUGUGAAUCUCCAUGGCAGCGAUUUAUCGGAUGAGGAUGAGAUUGCCGAGCUGCAAGCUCAUUUCAAUGAAUUGGGGGACUAUCUCAUUGAGGCCAGAGAAACUGUCCUCCAACAAGUUGAGAAGGAUGAGGGUGUUUGGAUGUGGGGUAUGGCAGGUCAUGAUCUGACUCAAAAAGCAGGGCCGAUUGUCGAGGAAUUUGUCAGAGUGAUGCACAAAGAAGAGCAGAGUGGAAUGGUUCAUACCUGGCUCUGGGGCAAGAGCCGCCGUGGCCGACAAGCCAACCUUGCAAUGUUAGGUUCCCAUACCUCUAGUGACUGGGAUUCAAAUCCGGCUGCCUCUUGCUUCGAAGGUGACGACGAUGCUGCUGAUCAAUCUGUACCUAUUUUUUCAAAGGCACUUUCACUGUUCACUUUCAUCCACCUUCGGCCGGUAAUAGCAUGUCAUUUUGCUUCUCGUCCCGUUGACUAUUUCAUUUUCCCACUAUUUUGCCACAAUACUGUGUAUUUCUUAUCA